AUGGUUGACCCAGUAACUAGUAAAACUUUAUUUCCAAAAAAUGAUGAAUUUCGAUUUUGCUUGGAAUGUGGGAAAGAAAGAUGUAGCUACGGUUGGUGCAAAGACUGUGAGACUUCUUAUAUGAUCUCUCAUUUUAAAACUUGGACGAGCUAUAAUGAACACAUUGACAAGUUAAUUCAACGUACUCAAUUAAACGCUACUCAAACAUGUGACUACUUGGAAUACAUUGACUUCAGCCAGUUCGAUAUGAUAAAAUAUAUUUCUAAAGGAGGUUUUGCCACAAUUUAUAAAGCAAAAUGGCUGGAGGGUCCAAGAUGGAAUUGGAAUGAUGAAAAUCAGGAGUGGGAGCGGAGCGGUCCUAUCAAUGUUGCUUUAAAACGAUUGGAUAAUUCUCAUAAUAUACAUUUGGACUUUUUAGUACAGAUAGAAGAACACUGCCGAUGUUUACAAAGUGGCUAUUUAGCUGAUUGUUUUGGAAUGACUCGUGAUCACACCGGUUGUAUUAUGUUUGUAAUGCGCUUUUAUGAGAAUGGAAAUAUCUAUGAAUUCCUUGAUAAAGUAAAAGGAAUAGUAACCUGGAGAGAUAUAAUAGAUAUGCUAUGGGGUAUUGCUAGUGGUCUAGAUAGAAUCCAUAGUGAGAAACGUUUCCAUUCAAAUCUUCACGGUGGUAAUUUACUUAUUGAAGAUGAAACUAUUUCAACUGAUGCUCGUAUCGCUGAUGUCGGUCUUCACGGUCCUUCCUCUGGACUUCGACCCUGGCAUGAUAGACCACACGAUAUUGAGCUUGCAAAACUCAUUUGUCUUGAAAAUUUGCGUCCAGAAAUUGAUAAAGUUAUUAAAGAUAUUCCAAAUCUGUACAGGGAACUGAUGAUCAGAUGUUGGGAUCCUUUACCAUCAAAUAGACCAACUGCUUCAGAAUUAAAUAAUUUGUUAGGUAAAUGGAUUAUAUGUAUUUGUGAUGAUCCAAAUCCUUCUCCAAUUUCGGAAGAAUUCUUUAAUGCCGAAGAGAAGAGGUGGGAUUUAAUUGGAAAUCAGUUGAAUAAUAAUAGCUUGUCUAAAACUAUUAUUCAUCCUGACGCUAUAUACACAAGCCGUCUGCUUUACUUUCCAGAGAAUUGUCCCGAUUCAGAAUCCGGCUGUUCCGGUUCUGAAUCGGGGUAG